AUGAAACUACAAACUGGAAUCUCGAGCAAAGACCUCGCCGUCGUGAAAGAGAUCGCAGAGCUGCAAAAACUGGAGAACGAGAAUAAUCAAAAGAUAGAGGAGGAAACCCGACAGAAGGAAGAAUGUUCCGAACAAGCUGACCAUGAAAAUACUUCUGAAGAAGCAUGCGUCGAAAGGUCUGACGAUUCCAUUUCGAGGUGAGGGAUUUUAUUUGAAACAAGAUUCUUUAAGCUUUUCUAGCUGAUUUUUUCGAAUUCGAAACAUGUUAGUUUUUGUUAAGAAAGCAAAAGAAGAAAAAAUUCUUCUAAAAUCGAGAGGCUAAACGCUUCGAGCCAAGCUAUGGUAUACCAGUUUCAAGAUAUGAUGAACAAAAUAUGGAAUGAAAUGGCUUUAACUGAAUUCUGGUGAACUCUUUUUUUAUAUUAGUGGAGUUUUUCUAAAAAGUUCUUUUAAAAAAUCAUCUAAAACUAUCAGGUUCUAAAUAAAUUGUAUUCUUGAUGAAAAGGAAAACCUUUCGAUUUGUUCCGUAGAAAGCUUCAACCGUCAAGUUUCAGUGUAAUGUCGCUGAAGAAAAUCUCGCAAGAGAGUAUUCUGAACUGGAAAAACUGCUGUCUGAACUGGAAGAACUGCUGUUUGAAGCCGUCCAACUGCUGUGUGGUUAAAUUCGUUUCGGAACGCAUUUCUGCAAACGAUGAAAAAGAAGAGUAG